AUGCCUUUAUCAUAUUUUAACAUCGCGAAAUCCAGAACAUUCUGUAGCUACAGGCUCAUUCACAAAGCUGCACCAUUUUCUACCAUUCAACAUGCUUCAUUAUUCAACCAACAACAUUCUUCCAUUUUCUCCUCACUCUUACGCGAAUUCUCGAACACCCUCAUCCAUGUCAAGUCCAUCCACGCACAGAUUAUUAUAAACUGUGUAUCCACUCAACACUUUCUGGCCACAAAACUUAUCAAAUCAUAUUCCGAUUUGGGUUUUAUCAACUCUGCAUACAAGGUGUUUGAUCAAUGUCCUCAUCCGGAAACCAUGCUAUGUAAUGCUAUGAUGGGUGGAUUCCUUAAGAACCGCGAAUAUGAGGAGGUUCCCAGGUUGUUUAAAAUGAUGGGGUCCUGUGAUAUUGAAAUGAAUAGUUACACAUGUGUUUUUGCUCUUAAGGCUUGCACUGUUUUAUUCGAUAAGGAGAUUGGUAUGGAAGUUGUUAGGAUGGCUGUUAGAAAGGGGUUUCAUUUGCAUCCUCAUGUUGGUAGUUCGGUGAUUAACUUUUUGGUGAAAUUGGGGAAUCUUGAUGAGGCGCGAGUGGUUUUCGAUGGGAUGCCUGAAAGGGAUGUUGUUUGUUGGAAUUCGAUUAUUGGAGGUUAUGUGCAGGAUUUUCUUUUCAAGGAGGCGGUUCUAAUGUUUGUUGAGAUGAUUGGUUGUGGGGUAAGGCCAAGUACUGUGACUAUGGCUAGCUUACUCAAAGCGUGUGGUGAAAGUGGAAUGAAGAAACUUGGAAUGUGUGUUCAUGCUUUUGUACUUGCAUUAGGCAUGGGCGAUGAUGUUUUUGUGCUUACUUCAUUGGUUGAUAUGUAUUGUAAUGUGGGGGACACUGACCGUGCUUUUCUGGUUUUCAAUAGCAUGCAAAGUAGAACCUUGAUUUCAUGGAAUACUAUGAUUUCUGGAUGUGUUCAAAAUGGUAUGGUGCCUGAAUCUUUUGCUCUCUUUCAUAGACUGGUCGAAAGUGGUGCUGGGUUUGAUUCGGGGACUUUGGUUAGCCUUAUUCGGGGAUUUUCUCAAACAUCUGAUUUGGAAAAUGGAAAAGUCCUCCAUGCUUGUAUCAUUAGAAAGGGACUUGAAUCAAAUAUAGUUUUAUCCACUGCAAUUGUUGACAUGUAUUCUAAGUGUGGUGCCAUAAAACAGGCAACUAAUGUUUUCAGAACAAUGGAAAAAAGGAAUGUAAUUACUUGGACUGCUAUGCUUGUGGGUUUAUCACAAAAUGGCUAUGCAGAGGAUGCCUUGAAGUUAUUCUGUCAGAUGCAAGAAGAAAAUGUUGCUGCCAAUUCUGUCACUCUUGUUAGUCUCGUGCAUUGUUGUGCUCACCUAGGAUCUCUCAAGAAAGGAAGGAGUGUGCAUGCUCAUUUGAUCCGUCAUGGUUACACAUUCAAUGCUGUUAAUAUCUCAGCCUUGAUUGAUAUGUAUGCCAAGUGUGGUAAAAUUCAUUCUGCCGAGAAGCUAUUCUGUAAGGGAUUCCAUUUAAAUGAUGUUAUACUUUGUAACUCUAUGAUCACGGGUUACGGAAUGCACGGCCAAGGACAUCAGGCUCUUGGUGUCUAUGAUAGAAUGAUAGACGAAAGGCUCAAGCCAAACCAAACUACAUUUAUUUCUCUGCUAACAGCAUGCAGUCACUCGGGCCUCGUUGAGGAGGGUAGGAUUUUGUUCCACUCUAUGGAAAGAGAUCAUAAUGUUAAGUCUAGUGACAAACUUUAUGCUUGUUUUGUCGAUCUUCUUAGUCGAGCAGGCUGUCUCGACGAAGCAGAUUCAUUGGUGAAACAAAUUCCCAUUGAACCGAGCACGGAUGUACUCGAAGCUUUGCUCAGUGGUUGCAGAAUCCAUAAAAAUAUUAACAUGGGAAUACAGGUUGCAGAUAAAUUAAUUUCUCUAGAUUACUUGAACACAGGAAUUUACAUAAUGCUGUCAAAUAUAUAUUCUGAAGCUAGAAGAUGGGAGUCGGUUAAUUACAUAAGGGGACUCAUGAGGACAAGGGGCCUGAAGAAAACACCGGCUUUUAGUUUAAUUGAACUAGGUAACCAAGUAUACACAUUUUUUGCUGGUGAUGAUUCACAUCCUGGUUGGGGAAAUAUUAAGCAGUUAUUAGAAAACUUGAGGCUCGAGGUGGAGGCUUCUGGUUAUGUUCCUGAUACCAGUUGUGUUCUUCACGAUGUAAAUGAAUCAAUGAAGGUUCAGUUGCUAUGGGGACAUAGUGAGAGAUUAGCUAUAGCAUUUGGUCUUUUAAACACGCCAUACGGAAGCUUGAUUAGAAUCACCAAAAAUCUUAGAGUUUGUGUUGACUGUCAUACUGUCACCAAAUACAUAUCAAAAAUAGUUAAGAGGGAAAUUAUCGUUAGGGAUGCUAACCGUUUUCAUCACUUUGUUAAUGGGGAAUGCUCUUGUAAUGAUUACUGGUAA